AGAACCAGCCGAUUAGACUGUGCGCAAGGUGGAGAGAAAGGAGAAGCGGGAGGGGUGGUAACGACGCGCGCUUCCCUUUAAUUACCCGCCCAGGCAAGCACUAGAAUCAAACCUUUGGCGGGGAGAAAACUGGGGCGUCUUCACUGCGAGCGAAGAACGGAGCAGCAGCGACAUAAAACAUUCCCCAACCAGCAGCGGUAUUCUGUAUCGGCUUUCCCAGCAAGCCAGCCACAUUCUGCACGGGCGCUCGGUAGUAGGAGGGAAAGUGUUCUGGCAAGCCAUGGCCCCUACGCACUUUCAGCUUCUCCUGGUAGCCUCUGAGAAAAGGAAGCGGAUUUGGGGGCGCCCGCUUCUGCUUUUGGGAUACAUGCUGUGGCUGACUCUUGCCCCUCUAAGAUGUGCUGCCUUCAACCUGGACACUAAGUUUGUGAUUCUGAAGAAAGGCAAAACUCCCGACAGUUACUUCGGAUUCUCAGUAGCUCUGCACCAUCAAUUCCAUCCGGAAAGAUACCUGAUUCUUGCUGGAGCUCCCCGUGAUGUGGCUUUCCAUAUGGAUAAUAAAACACGGACAGGUGCUAUGUAUGCUUGUCCUUUGACUGCAAAUUCCAGUGAUUGUACACAGGUGGACUUUCAGGUGAAAAGUGAUCCACAAAAUAAUAUUGUUGAAGACAUGUGGCUGGGAGUGGUGGUAGCAAGCCAACAUAAACCUUAUGGGCGAGUAAUGGCUUGUGCUCACCGAUACACUCGGAUUUUUGGCAGUGAACAUCAGAGGCGCAUGGUAGGAACAUGCUAUAUCCAUAGCAAUGACUUGCGUCAUCAGGUGAAUGAUUCGUGGCAAACUUAUAAUGAGAUGUGUGCUGCCAACUCAGAUUUGGAGAAUACAGGCAUGUGCCAAAUGGGCAUCAGCGGUGGCUUUACAGACAACUUUGUCUAUUUUGGAGCUCCAGGAGCUUACCAUUGGCAAGGAACGGCUUAUGUGAGCUACCCAGGGAUUUGGGACCAAGUAGAUUUAUCCUAUCCAGAUCGGAAAACUAGACAUAUUUACCUAGGAUACGCCACAGAAGCAAGCACCAACAUACUGCAUAAAGAAGAUUUCUCUUUUAUUAUUGGGGCCCCUCGCUAUAAUCACACUGGAGCUGUCUUUGUGAUGGAAACUGAUGGUCGCAUGGAUCUUCAGAAGAGACUGCUGCUCGUUGGCAAGCAAGUGGGUUCUUAUUUUGGCAGCUCCAUUGCUGUGGCUGACCUCAACAGAGAUGGGUGGCAGGACUUAAUCAUUGGAGCACCACACUACUUUGACCAGAAGGAGGAGAAAGGUGGGGCUGUCUAUGUAUACAUGAACCUUGGGGGAACAUUCUCCAACCAUCCCAACCUCACACUGACUGGACCUAGCGGCUCUUCCUUUGGUUUCUCUGUGGCUCACAUUGGCGACAUUAACAAAGAUGAUUUUCAAGAUAUUGCCAUUGGGGCACCCUAUGAAGGUUUGGGGAAAGUAUAUAUCUACCAGAGUGGUGUAGGUGGCCUUGCUAAUAAGCCACAGCAGAUCAUUAGUGGGGAAGAUUUUAAUCCUGUCAUCAAGACCUUUGGUUACUCCUUCAGUGGUGGAAUGGAUGUGGAUGGAAAUUCCUAUCCUGAUCUCCUGGUGGGAACUCUCUCAGAAAAUAUCUUGCUACUCAGAGCCCGUCCAGUGAUCAAUAUCCUAAACAAGACUUUUACUGUUACUCCAAGCCCUCUGGACCCAAGCAAAUGUACUCAAAACUCUUGCAUGAAGGUAGAGCUCUGCUUCUCCUAUUCCCAAAGUGCUGGAGAUCCCAAAUACAAGGAAACUAUCAAGCUGGAUUACAUUGUGGAAGCUGACCGGUACCGCCGGCCACCCCGUGUAUAUUUUGCUGAAACCAACUCUGCAAUCUACAAGGGACACUUUUCCAUGCCAAGCAAGUGCCAAAACCUGAAAGUCCUUCUACAGGAUGACAUACGAGACAAGCUGCACCCCAUUGCGUUCUCUAUGAAGUACUCUCUUUCAGAAAAGCCCCGACGAUUCCAGAUGGGAUUACGCUCCCUUAAUGCAUUUCCUGUUUUGAAUGAUGAUCAGCCUCGUGAAAACCAUACUGAGAUUCAGUUUCAGAAGGAAUGUGGAACUGACAGCCAAUGCAAUAGCAACUUGCAGAUUCAGGCACUCUUUCUAAAUGAAAAGAACCAAAAUCUGCCCAGACGAGAUGGUGUGCAGGUGUUACAGUACAGCUCGGAAGUCAAGAAACUGAAUUUGAGCAUCAAAGUUACUAAUAAGCCAACAUCAUCGAUCAAUGGAGAGGAUGCUCAUGAGGCCCUCCUCAAUAUCACUUUCUCACCCUCUCUGUUGCCUUCUUCAAUUCGGCCGAGUGGGAUCUGCACUGUCAAGGAGACAGUGAUAUGUGAACUGGGCAAUCCCUUCAAAAGGAAUCAGCAGGCAGAGCUGAUUAUCACAUUUGAAAUUGGUGGGAUUACUUUAUCUACCCAGAAUAUCACUGUCCAGAUUCAACCUUCCACGAUAAGCUAUCAGGAAGAUCUCCAACUAGUGACAGCAGCUUUAUUAGUGGACUACACAGUUGAUGCAUCACUAAGCAUAAUCAAUCGGUGGCUUCAGUCCUACUUUAGUGGGAAAGUCAUAGGAGAAUCAGCCAUGAAGCAUGAAGAAGAUGUAGGCAGUCCCAUUGAGUUGGACUUCCAGGUGACUACAAAGAGUGAGUCUUUAGCUUCUCUGGGAAUAAUCACAUUAGGCUUUGAAUGGCCUUAUGAAGCCAGUAAUGGAAAGUGGCUGCUCUACCCAACUGAAAUCUUGAUAAAAGGGAAGGAAGAGUGGUAUUGUGAACCAUCUGAAGAAGUCAUCAAUCCCCUCAAGCUCACCCAAAUAGAUCAUAGCACUUCUCCAGCACGGAGAAAGCGUGAGUUGCAGGCAUCUCCAAACGCUGAGAUUCCCAUCACCUUAGCAUCUUCAAAGAAAGCCAGAUCAGAAACAGCACUGAGUUGUUCCAAAGGAACUUCUCGUUGCAUCUGGUUUGAAUGCCCCUUGUGGAAUAUCGGAGCAGUUACAAAUGUGAAGGUCCGAGCAAGAGUUUGGAACAGCACUUUCAUUGAGGAUUACAAUGACUUUGAUCGUGUCAAGGUAGAUGGGCAAGUGACUCUUUUCCUUAGGACAAACUCCUCUACAAUCAAUAUGAAAAAUCAAACAGUGUUGUUUACUGUAGACAUUGACUCGGAACUCAGUGAAGAGCUGCAGGCCGAGAUUGAGUUGUGGGUGGUGCUAGUUGCUGUUGCUGCAGGACUACUGCUCUUGGGCUGUAUCAUCUUAUUGCUGUGGAAGUGCAACUUUUUCAAGCCAACCCGCUACUACCGCAUCAUGCCCAAAUACCAUGCCAUUCGCAUCCGGCAGGAAGAGCGCUACCAGCCAGCUGGCGGCUUCUUGCCUCCAAAGCACAAGAAGCGAUGGGUGACAAACUGGCAGGAAACGGGAAGAUACUACUGACAUCUGCCUCAGUUCCCCCCCUAUCCUGUGCUCACUCCCAGGCUGCUUGGCUUUCCUUUGUAAAUAUUGCUGGACCAACCAAGGAACUCUUAUUUAUAGUAAGUUAUAUGUCCUUGGUCAAUUACGACCCAAACCUUUCUCCAGAUACUGUGAUCUUGGAGAGAAAACUAUUCAUGCAAGGUGGAUAUGGUAGGCAUUUAUAAAAUUUGAGGCACAAAGGAGUAGCUUUUUCAUUUGCACUGUUGGGUUCUCCACCUGCCCUCCCCAACCCACAACACUCCAACACCACUACCAGCAUUCUUGGAAAUUUAGUUCCAUGAAGCAGAAUGAAGAGUAGAUUUGAAAAUCAGCUUCAUUUUGCUCUAAAAGGGCAACAGUGCAUAAGCACUUGGGUUAAUCACCUACAUGGAAAAGUUGUGAUCUAAUGAAAUUGCUGUUUAUUUCAUAACCCCACUCUUGACUGUCCCUCUCAUGAGCUCAGAGCAACUUCUGUGUGAUUCCCACACAGCCUUCCAUUUUAGCAGCUUAUAAAAUCUAAUCUUAGGUGUCAAACUGCCUUCAGGUGAAUCCCUGGGCUUCCAAAAGAUGUACCUUGAUUAAGCCAACACGCAGCUUCUCUCUCAAAUUCACACAUUGUAUACUGUCCUAAUGUAAAGGAACUUUGGAUAAUAUAGCUUAGCAGAGUCUUCAGAAUUGGCAACAGCUCUCCAGGGUUUGGGGCAGGUCUGUCCAAUGUCCAAAGAUUCUCAGAAUUAAAAAAUCCUCUUCAUGCACAGCAGAUACUUUAUUGUAGAGUUAGAAUUCCUCCCAAGAUGUGCCUAUAUAUUUACUCAAUAUGAUAAUCUCGCAAAAUCAUCUUAAUAUGUUUAUGGGAUGCUUUAUUGAAGAAGGCCCUUCCGUUUUCACAAAACCCUCUUUCAGUAACCACAAACCAAUUUGUGUGUGUGUAUCCCCUUAUCAGAGGCUUACACUAGAACCGUUCUCUUUGAACAUCCUGUCCUUACCCAAGAGCAGCUGGUCAGGGAAUUUUGGGAGAUUCUUUCUUAGUAUAAGAAAUACUAAUAGUACACUAUAGUAUAAGUGUAUAAGUAUAUACACUUUUCACAAGUAUUAUAUUUUUCUAAUGCAGACAUACAGCCAUAUUUUAAAAAAAACACAAAGUACUUUUAUUUGCUCAUUUUCAUUUGCUGACAGUUGUAGUAGAUGCCUCCAUGCUCUCUUUUGGUCCUUGUUAAUGCUUGCCUCAUUUUUCCCCUCAGCCUUCCAUCACCUGGCACCAAUCAGAUAUAUUGGACUACAGCUCUAAUCAUACUCUGCCAUACUUCAUUUAGAGGGGAGGUUGAAUGAAUUUUGACUUCUAUAACUGCAAUUGCCAUAUUUCCUGACUCCAGCAUGGAAAAGUUGCAGGAUAUAUAGGGUCUGCAAUUGCUCCCAUAGGAUCUUGAACCAAUUUCCCCAGGCCUAACCUCUCUUUUUAGGUCCUAACUAGCCAAGGUGGUAUUGCCCUCUCCCCUAGAAAUAAGGUUUUAUCAAAAGCCUUGAAUCUAAUGGUGUGGCUGAAGCCUAUUUAGUUCUGGGCCAGUAUCAGUUUCCACCCUUCCUAUAGAAUAAGUACUGGAUAUUUCAGCACUGGAGCUUGUACUGGACUAAGGAUUACUGACUAUAAUUUAGUCCUUCUAUUUUUAAUUCUCUGGCAGGAAGGGUGAUUUCACUAGUAUUAGUACUGUUAUCUUAUUUUUAAGAAACACUAAGAAAGCUUGAAAUGAGAAGCGUAGCAUUUUAUUUUUUUAACUUAGAUAUUAUUUUUAAUGACUUUGAUCACUGGCUGGGUUUGAGACAUGCCAGGGAGUAAUUCAUUGCAGGAUUAGCUCCCAGAUACAGGAGGCCCUAGAUAGCAUCCUUUAGUGGGCUCCUUCCUGCAUCAGUGAGCCUUGGUAGAAUCUCCAUGCUUUUCAUAGCAUUUGACAACAAUACUAUGUCAGUGACAUGGAAGGAUGUUUAUAUAGUGUCUUGACCCCAUCAUCUCCAAAUAGGACAGAUUCUGUUUUAAAGAGCAAUUUUAAAAUGAUAUCCAGAUGGGUCAGGUGUUGGCAGCUGUUCUUUUGCUAAAAGGAUUCCAAAAUUUUCAGCUACAGCUUACUAAAGUUGUACAUUCCUGGGUGAAGUGUGAUUUAAUUAUAAAGAAAGUCUAAGGCAUGGCUUCCUUCAUUACUGAACUGGGUCAAAGAGAAAAGUGAAUAGAGUGUUAAAAGUAGGCAACUCCUUUUCAAUAUUAAACAACUUUUAGAGAAGCCCAGUGAAUAGGUAGUGAGAUAAGAAUAGCUGAAGCUAUCUGGGCAACUAAGAGAGAACAAGGUUCACCUACACACUACCUGUUCCCUGGCUGCCAUGUUGAAUCAAGAGGAGAAAUUAAUGUCUUAUGCUUCACAUAAGAAACCUACGGAUUUAUGGGAAACAACUUCUGCAGAGUUAAUCUUGCCAAAAAAUGCUUCGGUUUUCUGACUUGGGCUGUAUCCAGCAAUUCACUGUUUAAUAAGAAACAAUAUUGGACUUGCCAGCUCAGAGAAAUGAAACUAUCUUUGGAGAUGAAGAUUUUUAUAACAGCAAAAUGAAGCAAAAAUCAUUGUGGUACCUUAAAUUCUUGCUUUUAGCUCACAUCUAAUUAUCCAUUAUGUUGGCCAACAUUUCAGACUUGUUUUUUUUAAUCUAGGUUCCAAGCAAAUAUUCUUGUGUUUGAUGUGUUGGACUGCAACUCCCAGUAUUCCCAAACAGCAUGGGAUUAUGGUACUUGUAGUCUAUUGCAUUUGGAAAGCAAUGGGCUGGAAAACUGCCUUAAUUUAUCUUAUCUCCAUGAGCCAAGGAUGGUUGCUGACCUCUGCAUUAAACAAAAUUGAAUCUAAACUACCAAAAUUGGGGCUUAUUUUGAUGCAUAAAAUCUCCCUUAAAAGGGAUUGACCUUCUCUGGAUUCUGUUCCACAUGUCAUUGUCAAGAAAAUUUGGUUUCAUUCACUGAAUAUUCAUCCCUGACAAUAGUCACAUUUUAUUUGCCCAUUUCUUCCCAUCUCCUAGGCAUGUUUUAAAUUACAAAGAAUGUACUUAUCUUUAGUGAUGUGUACAUAAAUACAUUCAUGUAUAAAUAAAUGAAUCUAUAUAUAUAUUUGAUGUUUACUGAAUUUUCCCACUGUUUAUGGUACUGGAGGUCUUGAAUCAUUGUGCCUUGAUUGUAAAUAAGCUUGAGUGUCUAUUUUAUGAAUAAAAAAAUAUUAUGAUUUGUAA